UUCCUCCUCCCUCUUCCGUAUCGUCAUCACCCGGCGCCGCCGGGUUCUGCUCAGUGGCGACUCCUGCUCCCGGGACCCUGCGGGACUCCGCGGGACCCCCCAUUUCAUUUCCACUCCCCAUUUCCACCUCCUCCAUCCAUGACCCGCUGGGCGCGGCGGAACAUCCCGCCCGGUGCGAGGGCGCUGGACGCGACCCCCUGGGAAGAGAUGGGAGGGCCAGGAAAGGAUGAGGAGGAGGAGAAGGAGAGGAGGAAGAGGAGGAAGAAGAAGGAGUAUGUGAGCGAGGACGUGAACGGGUUCUUGGCGCACCGGAAGCAGCAGCAGCAGAAGGAGGAGGAGGAGGAGGCGCUGAGGAAGGACCGGCGGCGGAAGAGCAGGAGGGUGAGGAGGCAGGAGAGAAGGAAGAACGCCAUGGUGUGUUUCCACUGCAGAGAACCUGGGCACGGUGUGGCUGACUGUCCUGCAGUCCUGGAAAGCCAAGACAUGGGGACGGGCAUCUGCUACCGGUGUGGAUCCACAGAACAUGACAUCAGCAAAUGCAGAGCCAAAGUGGAUCCAGCCAUUGGGCCAUUUCCGUAUGCAAAAUGUUUCAUCUGUGGUGAGAUGGGGCACCUGUCAAGGUCGUGUCCGGAUAAUCCCAAAGGACUGUAUGCUGAAGGUGGGGGCUGCAAACUUUGUGGCUCCGUGGAGCACUUCAAAAAGGACUGCCCAGAGAAACAGAACGCAGAGCAGCUGACAGUUGGGCGAUGGGUCUCUGGAAUGAGUGCAGACCAUGAGGAAGUCACUGAAGCACCAAAGCUGCAGAAGCCAAAAGCCAAAGUACCCAAAGUUGUGACUUUUUGAAGGUCUCUUGGCCCUUCACUGCUGCUUUGCUGCAGAAGAGUGACUACAGAGAGCUGGUUCCAAAAAAUCAAACAGAGUGCUGCUGAAUUGUUAUUUUUUUGUCUCCCUUCAUUUUUCCAGUUUGCCUCCCAGACUCCCCUAGCUCCCUGAAAAGCUAGGAACAACAGAAAUACACCAAGUAGGUAUUUUACUAAAGGGAUUCUGGGUAUUUUUUAAAGGUUCUUGUUGGGUUCUGGCUUGGUUUUGCCUUCUCCUUUUAAGAAUAACUGAUUUUUUCCUCUAUAUAUGCCAGCUUGGCACAUAUGUAACUUCUUGUGGUGAAGUUACAGGUAAACCCUACGGCCUGUCUAGCUUGGGAGUGCAAUUCCUGCUACUCGUGGUUGUAAUUAACAAUCAUUAACUUGAUUGUUAGUGCAUGUUGGAUUGUUUAUUUGUUCAGUAACAAACAGAAUCAUGCCCUGCCUUUGAUACCUGUGGUGAAAAA